CCACACGGCAUCAUGAUCUCUGACAGCAUGGAUGCGAAGCAAGGGCUUAAUAGGGAAGAACUGAACAAUGACCUUGGCAUUCUACCCCAUUUUCAGGUUGGCGAAUACACUCCCCAUCACACCUUUGUAGACGAUCAUUCAUACGCACUCAUGCUGGACAAUAUGGUCAAAGCCUGUACAGACAUACUGCUAAUCACACCCGAGAACAAGCUGCUUCUAGGUAAACGCAAUGUUCAACCACAACCAGACUUCUGGAUGGGAGGGGGUCGGAUGAAACCUGGAGAAUCUCCUGGAAAAAGUGGGGCGCGUUUGAUGAAAUGUGAGUUUGGAUUGGAUAUACAUCACGCCAGAUUUGAGCACGUGUGUGCUGCAACGUUGGUAUGGGAUAGGCGGGAACAGCUGCCAGCUACCAAUGGUACUGCAGAUGUGCAGGUAAUCUUGGCGUUGCAUCUGAGUGUGAAAGAGAUGGAGAAUGUGGUGCUGAGCGGAACUGAGUAUGAUGAAAGUAAGGUGGUUGCAUUGAGCGAGGUUUCCGAAGGGCCAGAAGAUAUGUAUUCGCCUAUACUUGUACAUGCUGUGCGAUCGUACGUUGCGAAUGGCAUACUGCGAGAAGUGAAGCAGCUUGUUGGCAAGACUGAUACCGCCACUGAUGAGGUCAGCCCAAAGAGGUCAAAGGUUGGUAUUGAAAAGCUUAUGCAAAGAUACUUUGAACUGAAAAGCAUGCCCAGUGGCACGUCGGCCUAUAAGUUAAAGGACAAGCGAGUGCCAGAUUACUGCGCAGCGGUGACUACGGAGUUCUAGACAGGUCUACAUCAGUCUUUGCUACAAUACAAAUCUGACGUGAAAUUGUGCAUGUUUCUCAUCUUGGCUGCGAUGGGGAACUACACGCGCUUUUCUCCGCUUAACAACUAGCAAACAGUGAAACUGAAUUCUGACAGCUAGCAAGCUUAGAAGCAAUGUAGGCAUUCUGAGCAGAAAUUAUCGUAGAACUACUAGCAACAGAAACGUGAUGUCUAGCCUUCUGAGCGUUGAGGUACGCCCAUGUCCAUGCCAGUGCUGGACACGUAGAUAGGCACUCGUCCAUCAAUACUAACCCGGUAUAUUCGCUAUAGGUGUGCGCCAUGUCUGGCUUUAGCUGAGCUGGCCAAGUACUUAAGGUGUAUCUAGACACCAGACAGAAGAACUAUUGCAAUGUAUUUAUGCGUGAUAUAUUCCGCGAUGAUAUGACGCUUUGCAGCAAGUCUUGAAGUUCAUAGUAAAAACAGAGCAAUGUUCCAAAGUAUUUUUGUAUAGCAUAUCACGCGAUGAUAUGGAACCGUUGGCCUUCGAGCCAGAGUUCAAACUUUUGGAUACAUACAGUGCAGCAAACUUUGCAGUUUUCAGCAUAAUUAAAUUUGAUAAAGUCA